AUGGCUGCUGAUUUACACCUCCAACUUCUCAAUCACAAACUUCAGCUUCAACAAGUUGAAGCCUCGUUGGAGCUUGAUAAGACGAAUGUGGAGCUUCAGAAGCUUAAGGAAGAUUUGGAGGAAGUGAUAAAAUUGACAGUCGAACUUAUUGACAAGCCAAAUAGCGAGGGUGAAUGCAAAUGGAAAGUGGGCGAUAUGUGUAUGGCCCUCUGCUCCAGAGACAAAUUGUAUUAUAAGGCAAAGAUUCUUGAGAUUCUCGGCAACGCCGCCAGUGUCGUGAACUUCGUCGAUUAUGACACGACAGAUAUAUGUCAGCUUUCCCAAAUGAAGCCAGUGACGAAUAUUUCCGCUCCAGUGCAAAGAACGAAAAAAGAGGUUAAGCAUCGCUUGAUUGAGAAGAAAAAGCUAAAAAAACUGAAACUGGCCGAACGGCAUGCUGAGAUCGAAAAGGCUUGUGAACAGGAGAAGAAUCAAUGGCUCAAUUUCAGUAAAAAAGUGAACAAACAUAGCAGAUCCAAACGAAGCAUUUUUGCCUCGCCUGAGACUGUUGAUGGUCGAGUCGGAAUUGGUACUUGCGGAAUUUCGGGUCGACCGAUGACCAAGCUUCCAAGUCAUCACCGGCUGAUGCGAAAGUGA